AUGGCCAUGCUCCCUGUUGUGGUGGCUCUGCUGGUUGGUGCUUUGAUCAUUGCCUUGCUCUUGACCAGCAAACGACACCGCCAUGUGCCAUAUCGGCCAGCUCAGCCCAACAAGCCCCGACUUCCCCUUUCCACAGCCCACUACUGCGCCCUCUUUGACCUCGAAGCCGAGGACAAGCCCCUGGCCAAAAUUGAUGGCGCCAGACCACGGGUCCCCCGCAAUGCCUUGAGCUGGCACAUGUUGCAAGGUCGCCAACAACAAAAGGCCAUCCUCUGCGACUCGCGCCUCGACCCCUCGGUCGCCGCCGUCCAGCGUUAUCUUCAACGCCGUGCUGAUCAGCAAGUUCGCCGCCGCUCCCCAUUGGCCCGCCAUACCCCCCAUCACGAUGUGCGACCAGCUCGGGCCAAUCCUCAACCCAUCCGCAACGCCAGUCCCUUGUCUCGCCUCAAGGCCGCCUAAGGCUGGGACACCAAUCCUGUUUGAAUGGAGUAUCUUUCUCUCUUGCUUUUGACGAGGGCUUCCCUUGGAGGUUGUCUUCUCCUUUUCAUCUUAUUCUAGACCUCAUCGGUGAGCCGCUUUGGCGUCGUGCCCUUUUCCUGUCCCCUUGAGUUUUGAAUCUCCUUUUCUUUUCUUCUUUCUUUGAGUUAGCUCUGGCCUUCUGUCAGAACGUGCAUGCUAUUAUCCUACACAAUGCUUUCCUGAUAUUUUUAUUCUUCAUCUGUUUACUUCCCCCGCACAUCAUCCCGUGUGGUGAGAGCUGGCUUCUCUCCCUGUAACUCCCCGCCUGGCGUGGGGGCUUUUGGCCCAGGCAUCCUCAAAGAUGGCUGUGGCCAAGUCGCUGUGCGACACAUACCAAAUUGA